AAGUGUGUGGUUGUGCUCUUGUAUUGCUCUACUGUGUACUACGCUGGCUUGGUCUGUGUGGGUUAAAUGUUGCAUGAACGGUCUCAAUUUGUUCGUCAGGGUUUUAGUGAUAAUUCUGUAGUCUACAUUUAAUAAAGAUAUGGGACGGUAGCUUUUGAUUUCCUAAGGGGAGCCCGAGUCUUUCGCAAUGAGGGAAAUGCACGAUAAGUUUAGUGAUUCUUGCAAACAUUCUAACUCAUAGCUUUCCUUUAGGGGCCUACCAUUGCUGCGAAGAGGGGGGGGGGGCAACACGGGGAAGAAAGCGAGAUAAAACAAGACAGUGAAGCCAUCUGGGCCGGGCGAGGUGUUCUACUUCAUCAAGUUGAGUGCGUUUCGCAGAUCUGUUACGGAAAUGUUUGUUUCGAGGAUGUGUUGUUGUUCAAUCCAGUACUGCUUUGUGUGCUGACAGAUAAGAUGACAGUCAAAAGUAUCCUUCGAAUGUGUGCACUUCCAUUCACUUCAAGCAUGCAAAUCAUCGAAGCAUUACUAUUUAUGCUGGUACGCUGGUAUGAUGAUUACCUGUACAGCCCCCUUCAGACGGCCCUGUGGCCAGUGGUGGAACUCGUGCCUCGCACUCUGGACGUGGAUGGAUAUCGAAUCAACAUCUUCACUGCUAACAUCGUCUCGUGGUCUAGAACACUGCUCGUCGUGCCCAUAGCGAUGUCUCUCAAGAAGUUCAAUAAGGUGGAUGUGGGCUCGAGCAAGGCAAACACUGCCGCAAUCAUGGAGGGAAAGCUGAAGGAAAAGCUGGAGUCUCUUGGUAUAGCCGCUCUGUGUGUGGCACAGUCUGCCCCGAUGGCCCUUCUCUCUGUCUCCGGCGUCUUGGGCAUUACGUCUCUGUACCUCUCGGUACGUCUGGCCCACUCCAGUCUUACGAACAAACUUUGGGCUCGGGCAGCACACAUGCGCAGUCAGGCACAUGCUUCAGAAGACGAGGAUGAACUGAAGAGCUCCGGGGGGGAACAUGAGGACGAGAAGACAAUGGCCUCCUCGGGCAGUCAGACCGACAGCUAUGAAGAUGGAGGCUUCAAAGUGCUGGCUAGACAAUCCAGUGUUUUUGAAGAAAAAUACGAGGAGAGCAAUGUUGAGGCGUAUCCUACCUCUGGUGUUGAGCUGGACAACAUGACACUGAGUCAGGGGCUACAUCGUUCCUUCUCCAUGCCUGGCACUGAAUUGUUCCCUGACUCUCAUCUGGACUCCCGUGUGGAGCGGGUUUACACAAUCGGCUGCUUUGAUCUCUUCCACCAUGGCCACGUGACUCUGCUCAACAGGAUGAGGACUUUCGGAAAAAAGGUGAUCGUAGGCGUGCAUGACAGCCGCAGCAUCUACCAGUUGAAAAAGCGAGUUCCCAUCGACAGCACGGUCACUCGGAUGCGGAAUGUCAAGCGACAUGCUGAUGAGGUGUUUUGUGUUGCGGGGACCGACCCGACGUCUUUCAUCGACAACAUCUUCGACCGAAGUAUGACAGGCUCUGCCAUCUACGUUCGAGGAGACGACAUGCCAGAUUUUCCCGCCCGGAAGCUGUGCGAGUCUCUCAUGACAGUCAAGUUUCUCCCCUACACACCCGGUGUGUCCAGCACCAAACUCAGGAAGGACCUCUUCAACGCAUGCCAUUGCGACGUCCGACUGGACGACGGCUAUGCCGAUCUCUUAUUUUAUUAAAUUUGACUCGCAGAACGGCGGUCGGCCAUAGAACA